CUUCAUCAUUUCCGGUUUGUGCUUCUAGAGAACACCGAUUUGUUAACGCCCAUGCGGUCUGCAUCAUUUGUCUUGUCUCAUGCCUUUUGGCCCAGUGCCAUUCAAAGUUUUGCCUAACCCUAGCACCAGAUUCUGCCGCUCGGUCAGCCCUGCGCACCGCCAGCUUGUACGGUUUGCCUCGAAUCUUUGAGCCAAUGGAGAUUGACAAUGGCGUGCUGCGCCCCGCUGAUACGAAACUCCUUGGCGCCCUCAUGAUGGGGUCCUCAGCUCCCCAGCAACUCAUCUCAAGUUCUCAACUACAUGCAGCGUUAUGUCAACUACCUUCUAGGCAGCCAUGGAGUUCACGCUGACAUUCGGCGCUGUCGGUGAUUUUCUAGCACUUCUCUCACUGAUCAACGACAUCAGGUCAGCCUUGGACGAUUGCCGUGGUUCGAAGAAGACAUAUCGCGAUCUCGUCGAAAGCCUAACGCUACUCCAAAAGUCGCUUGAGCAAGUAGUGAAAAUAUAUCAAGGACCUGGUUUCGCAAGCGGGUUACAGGACUUGGGGGCAAUCGCCCAAGCCACUGUCAACCAGGUCUGCGCAGCUCUUCAGGAGUUUCGAGACCGAAUCAGCAGCAAAUACGGCUCCAGCCUGGCCAGCAACGGGUCAGGGAACGUCUUGAGGGAUGUCACUCGAAAGAUUCAAUGGAAGUUUGAAGAGAAAGAUGUCGAGCAGUUCCGCGCGAAGGUGGCGGGACUCACUGUGUCCUUGAACCUUCUUCUCGAUGCCACGACUGUACGCCUCAUACAACAAAGCCAGGAGGCAACGGCCAAACGAAUUGACAAUGCCGAGAAAAACACAACCAAGGUAGUUCAAAAAUUUGGACAGUCGAUCGAAAAGUCCUUCAGAUUCAUCGGUUCACGCAUUAUGUCGAAACUCGACUUCCUGUCUUCGAUAGGGAUGGAUCUGAAAGACUCGGCAUUUCAGAUUGUCACCUUGAUGUUCACUAUGUCGAGAGACCUGACCAGCAUGGGGGCAGUUCUCUUGAGGCUUGAGAGAGGUGUCGACAGCGGCGAGCACUUUGUGCUUGAAGACGCCACAGGACGCACACUCCCCAUCCAUCUCAAGACUAUCACAUCAUGGGAGGCAUUAGAGUUCAUCUUGAAUGAUCGGUUCAAGGGGAGGAAAGGGGAGCGCAGAAUUCGACGGAAGCUGUACUCGCUGCAUGAGAGUGCCAGUCAUCAGGAAAUCGAUCGAUCGGCCAUGUUUGAAGAUGCCUUCGUGCCCUAUCAAAAGGUUGACAUGAGCAUAGUCUGCAGAGCUCUAGAGGUUCCGCAAGCUGAUAGCUCAGGUGAUACGGGGCUUUCGAGUUGUCCUUGGUGUCGUACCACUUCACCGGGCAAACUGGGAGCUCGCGUGCAAUGUCCAACUUGCAAAAAGAAGUUCACUCGGGUGGUAAUCGAAUUAGACGACGAUCUUGCUGCGCCCAUGGCCCCUGUCACAGAUUACACCGUGAAACCCACUGGAAAACCUGGUCCGAAUGGGGAGGAAUGCAGCGAGUGCCAUCAACCAAAAACACCCAGCGGUAAUGACCAGAGAAGAAAGCAUCCAGUCGAUCUGGAAUCAGACUCUGAUGAAGAAAAUGUUACUGGCCUAGCCCACAUUAUUCUCCAGACCAAGAAAAUGCGAACCAUCAAACUCAAGGAACCCGCGAUUGCACCGCUUCAGGAGGCAAGCGACCCAAAAAACCUAGACGUUGCUGGAAUGCAGCACCACACUGCACAUGAGGAGCAUCCCUUAGAGCAGCCGGUUCGCAAAUCAGCAGAGCAACAGCCAAAAACUUCAGGCAAGCCCCGACUACCGGCUCCGCGGGCCGCCACCAUUGCAGACGCCGAGAAAUAUGGCAUCCCUUCAGGAUAUUGGCUCAAAAAUUGGGACCCCACCGAGGAGCCCAUCCUCCUCCUGGGCUCGGUAUUCGAUGGUAACUCGAUCGGCAAGUGGAUCUACGACUGGACUGUCUAUGACAAGGGCCCGUCAGCACCGAUUUCAGAGAUGGCUGGUGAAAUGUGGCUGCUUCUUAUCAGACUAACCGGCAGAAUCAAGCGGAGUGAAGAGGUGGUAGACAGGAUAGGGGACGAAGAUGAUAAGGAGGUUGUGGAAGAGUUUUUGGAGGCGGGUGACCGGUUGAUGGUUAAGUUUCGCAAGCUUCUCAAGGCGUGUGAGAAGCCCAUGUUGGAGACCAAAAAGGAAGGGAAGCUUGGGAUGGAGGCGGGUGUUCAGUUUGUUAGGUGCAUGUUUGGUCGGGAGUUUGAGCUGAAGAAGACGGAGAGGUGGAUGACUUCGGUUAGGUUGUGGAAUUUGAGGUUUGAUGCGAAUUGUGAGGAGGUGAUUAGGAAACCUUGGAUGCAAGUUGCGACUGCGCCAGAAGUGGGUGGCGAGGUUGAUGUGAAGAGCUAGGUGCUUAUCGUGGUUUAUUUAUGUUGCACAAUGCCUAUUUAAGCUACCUCAUCUACGGUUAGGUGGUCACGGAUAGGUCCAAAGUUUGAAUUAGAACUAAGACUUUGUAUCAACUUUUAUCGCGUAGGGUUGUGUGUAUACUCGGUGGUCAUCAUGUCCAACGCAUACACAUCCAAGAAACAGCAUUACACGUCUCUCUGGUACCAUAACUUUUGUGUAUAACAGAAA